AUGUCACAAGCGAAGGCGGACGUCGAAAUGAAGAAUGAUGAAGUUCCAGGAACUGAAGUUGAAACCGAAAGUGAAACUGAAAAAUUGGUAAAUGAAAUCGUUCAAUCAUUCACCCUAUUGAAUAAAGCGUCAGCCAAUUAUGAUAAUCGUUAUAUCUCCAAAUUGUUCAGAGAUUUGGGGCCCUUGAGGAGACGCUUAAGUGGUGAUGCAUUAUAUAAGGUGUUUAAUAGAGUUUACCGUGAAGCUUUACCUGAAAGAAGUUACUUAGUCGAAAGUGUACAAACAGUUUCUAAAGUCGAAGAAGAUGAGGCUAUGGAAGUCGACAGUUCUGUCACUCUCAAUGGGAAUUCAGUCCUACCAGAAAUUGAUCUAUACAUUCAUUUGCUUGUUCAGAUUUACCUUUUAGAUAAUAAAAAAUUAUCCGACUUGGCCACAUUCAACAAAAAGGUGAUAAGUCUAGUGAAAUCGUAUAACAAAAGAACUUUGGAUUUCAUUCAAGCGAAGUUGUGGUUUUAUGUAGCCAGGACAAGCGAAUUGACCAAUGAUUUGCAAUCCCUUCGUCCUGCUCUAUAUGAUGCUUUAAGGACUGCUACUUUGCGACACGAUACUGAAACUACUGCAUCUAUCAUUACUUUGUUGCUGAGAAAUUAUUUAUUGACUCACGAUGUCAAUCAGGCAUCAAACUUGGUGGAAAAAGUAGAAUUUCCUGAAAAUGCAGGUAAUGCGUUGGUAGCAAGGCAUUAUUACUAUCUUGCUCGUAUUAGUGCCAUUCAAUUGGACUAUUCAACCGCUCAUGAAUAUGUCAUUGCAGCUAUUAGAAAAGCACCUCAAACUCACUUGGCUAAUGGAUUCAUUCAAAGUGCCACGAAAUUGAGCAUUAUCAUUGAAUUAUUGAUGGGUGAUAUUCCUGAAUUGAAUACUUUCAAAACACAGGCUGGCAAUUUCGAGCCUUAUCUUUCUUUAACAAAAGCUGUGAGACAAGGUGAUUUAAAGCUUUUUGUUGACACAUUAUCUAAAUAUGAGCCUUAUUUCAAAAAGGACGACAAUUAUACCUUAGUGUUGAGAUUGCGUCAAAAUGUUAUCAAAACAGGAAUCCGAAUCAUUUCCUUAGCGUAUUCCAAAAUUUCUUUGAAGGAUAUUUGUAUUAAGUUGCAUUUGGAUUCUGAAGAAUCGACGGAGUAUAUAGUAUCGAAAUCAAUUAGGGACGGGGUUAUAGAAGCCAAUUUGAAUCAUGAAAGAGGUUUUAUGAAGUCCAAGGAAUUACUUGACAUCUAUUCAACCAAACUUCCGCAGAAUGAGCUCGAUCAAAGAAUCAGAUUUUGCUUGGCUUUAUACAACGAUAGCGUUAAGUCCAUGAGAUAUCCUAGUGAAGACAAUAACAAGGAAGACUUAAAUCAAAAGAGUCUCGAAUCGAAGGAAGAUGAGAUAGAUUUAUUAAAAGCUAUAGAGGAUGGUGAUUUAGAUGAUUUUAUGGAUUAG